CGCCGAGCGCCGAGCGCCGCCCGCCGAGCGCCGCGUCUUCCCGCGCCGCCGCCCCGAGCUCCGCCCGCCGUGCGCUCCGCCCGCCGCGCCGCCAGGCUGCCCGGCGGCCGCCCAGAGCGAGGAUGCGGCGGCGCUCGCGGAUGCUGCUGUGCUUCGCGCUGCUCUGGGUGCUGGGCAUCGCCUACUACAUGUACUCGGGGGGCGGCUCCGCGCUGGCCGCGGGCGGGGGCGGCGCCGGCAGGAAGGGUGACUGGAAUGACAUCGACUCCAUUAAGAAGAAGGACCUUCACCACAGCAGAGGAGAUGAGAAAGCACCGGGCGUGGAGACCCUCCCUCCAGGUAAAGUCCGGUGGCCAGACUUCAACCAGGAGGCAUAUGUUGGCGGUACGAUGGUUCGCUCUGGGCAGGACCCCUAUGCACGCAACAAGUUCAACCAGGUGGAGAGUGACAAGCUGCACAUGGACAGAGGCAUCCCCGACACCCGGCAUGACCAGUGUCAGCGAAAGCAGUGGCGAGUGGACCUGCCAGCCACCAGCGUGGUGAUCACAUUCCACAAUGAAGCCAGAUCAGCCCUGCUGCGGACGGUGGUCAGUGUCCUCAAGAGGAGUCCACCUCACCUCAUCAAGGAGAUAAUCCUGGUGGAUGACUACAGCAACGACCCUGAGGACGGGGCCCUCUUGGGGAAAAUCGAGAAGGUGCGGGUCCUCAGAAACGACCGGAGAGAAGGUCUAAUGCGCUCUCGGGUCCGGGGUGCUGAUGCUGCCCAGGCCAAGGUCCUGACCUUCCUAGACAGUCACUGCGAGUGUAACGAGCGAUGGCUGGAGCCGCUCUUAGAGCGGGUUGCUGAGGACAGGACCCGGGUUGUAUCCCCCAUCAUCGAUGUCAUCAACAUGGAUAACUUCCAAUAUGUGGGCGCCUCUGCCGACCUCAAGGGUGGUUUUGACUGGAACUUGGUGUUCAAGUGGGAUUACAUGACACCAGAGCAGAGGAGAUCCCGGCAGGGAAACCCAGUUGCGCCUAUAAAAACCCCGAUGAUCGCUGGUGGCCUCUUUGUGAUGGACAAGCUCUAUUUUGAAGAGCUGGGGAAGUACGACAUGAUGAUGGAUGUGUGGGGAGGAGAGAACUUGGAGAUCUCAUUCCGAGUGUGGCAGUGCGGCGGCAGCCUGGAGAUCAUCCCGUGCAGCCGUGUGGGUCACGUGUUCCGGAAGCAGCACCCCUACACAUUCCCCGGUGGCAGUGGCACUGUCUUUGCCCGGAACACACGCCGGGCAGCUGAGGUCUGGAUGGAUGAGUACAAACAUUUCUACUACGCAGCGGUGCCUUCUGCACGAAACGUGCCCUAUGGGAAUAUUCAGAGCAGGCUGGAGCUCAGGAAAAAGCUAGGCUGCAAGCCCUUCAAGUGGUACCUGGACAACGUCUACCCCGAGCUGAGGGUUCCAGACCACCAGGACAUAGCUUUUGGGGCCUUACAGCAGGGAACCAACUGCCUAGACACCUUGGGACACUUUGCGGAUGGAGUUGUUGGAAUUUAUGAGUGUCACAACGCUGGAGGAAACCAGGAAUGGGCCUUGACAAAGGAGAAGUCGGUGAAGCACAUGGACCUGUGCCUUACUGUGGUGGACCGUUCACCUGGGUCACUCAUCAGACUGCAGGGCUGCCGGGAGAACGACAGCAGACAGAAGUGGGAGCAGAUCGAAGGCAACUCCAAAUUGCGACACGUGGGCAGCAACCUGUGCCUGGAUAGCCGUACUGCCAAGAGCGGAGGCCUGAGUGUGGAGGUGUGUGGCCCGGCCCUGUCACAACAGUGGAAGUUCUCACUCAAUCUGCAGCAAUAAGAGGCCCUCAGGGCCCACCGUCCACCCGCACACCGGCCCAGUUUGGUGAUCACAUAAUUACGUUUCUGAAACUUUCCGCAAAACUAUAUACCUCAGUGUUCCAUCAUGGUCUGAAAGUCUUAAGUCUCAAGUCUUCAUCGAGGCCUGAGCUGGGCCGACAGCUGUGCAGAAGAGGAAGUGAGCCCCUGGGGCUCAGGACAGAGGGUCCCUCCCAAGGCUGGCACCCUCUGCCUCCCACUCUCUGCUUCCUGCUCACACCCCAGCAGAGGAAUAGCCCAGUGCUGGCUGGAGCAAGUGGACAAGCAGCAAUCAUGUUUAUAUCGAGGACAGAGGGAGCAGGGGCAGGCGCCCUCACAGCAAGAACUCACCAGUCUCCAUUUUGUUUGUUUUACCUAUUCGAAAUCAUGUGUGUGAACCAGGCAUGGCGGCCAGUGCCUGUAAGUCCAUCACUCAGGAGGCUGAGGCAGGCAAGACCCUGUCUAAGGAAAAAAAAAAAAUGAUUUCCACAAAGCUGACCUUUCCUUGCAGAUUUCCUGUCUGUCCCUGCACCUGGGCUCAGCUGGCCUCCCAGCCACAUCCCCUCUUCCAUUGACAUACUUGCUGUAUUUGAACGUGAACUUUCCUAUGGUGGGACACUAAAUAGAGAUACAUAUAAAGAGAAUCAUGGUCCGUUCCCUAUGCUUUCCCUACAUCAUUUUGUGAACCCCACAGCGCAGUGCAGCCAUGCAGAGGGGCCUGCGCUUCCAGAGCAAAGGUGCAUCUCUGCCUCUGGAACCUCACCAGCCGGCCCAUGCUGCUCUUCCGGUAGGGGCAUCCCCAAACCACUGCCCCCCCCCCCAAACAUCAAUGUUUAACUUCAGCGAGGGGAUUGCAGCUGGGAUAGAAAGUCCGCUUCGUGCCCAUUGUCAUCUGUAAACCUAAAUAGGUCAACUCUUUUGGCAAGUAUUGCUUUGGGUUUUCUUUUAAAAUUAGAUUUCUUUUCUUUAGGAAAACUCAACCCCACAGCUUCUAACUAAUGUGAGCCAGCAGGACCCUACUGCCUUGUGACAGACCAGGGACACUGGACAGCUGUCACCUGCUAUCCCUAGGCUCAUCAUGGUUUGAGACCCUGAAUAUUGGGUCUUUGGUACUAACUAAGCUGCCAGCAGAGCGCAGGAGAGCAGCCCUUCAGCCUGAGGGUGGACCCCAGGCGUCAGUAGUGCUGGUGUGGGUAACACCGCCGGGGUAUAUCCACAGACUACUGCAGGAAUUGUGGGUAGAGGUCAGAUCACAAGGCCUGCGCACUCACAUGGAGGACCUAGGUAUGUGUCAGCCAUAGAGGUGACCUGGAUGCAGGGGAAGUGACACCUGGUGGGCUGCAAGCAUCAUCCGUGUUCCUCUCGGGUGUCCCAGAGAUCUCGGGAACCAGAGUUUCAGGUGAUCUGAGGGCCUGAAGGUGAGAGGGCUAUGCCUCCCACCUGCUCCAAAAGGGGGCGUGGCUGGUGUCUUCUACUUGAGCUCCAUGUGUGUACUCACCAUGACCACGGACCCUUGGCAAAGGCCUGGCCAGGUGCUGACCCUCUCUGUCUUUCUACCCCUGCCAAUAAACAAGAAAUACAUUGUAAGAGACAGGGUGCCCAUGUAUCUAAUUAAGUCCAUACAAUGUCCACCUUCUAAGGUAGGCUCUGGGGACUGUCACUCCCAGGUACAGGUGCAGAGCUGUCAAGGACGAGGCAGGAGUUUGCUGGAGUCCAGCCACAACGUCUGCUGCUAACCCUGACACCUCUGCACUGCUUCUAUCAGAGUGACUGCACAGAUGUAAGACAACAUGGGCUGUCCCAAACACACGUGCACCCCACCCCACCCUGUGGCCUCACCACCUUUGUACCAUCUGAUUGUCUGGCCACCAGGGUGCCAACUCAACCCAGCUCCAAGCAGAGGGGGUGUGGGCAGGGCCCAUCGGUGAGCCAUGUUUACAUGACAGAGUGCCAAAGUGACUCGCCGAGCUUGUAUUGCUUUGUAGUCAUCUGGGCUAUCCCACCCUCCCACUCCUGUUUUUAAAACUAAAAACUCCCAGGAGCCCUGGGCGCACACAGGCAAAGGUGGCUGUCUUCUGUGGUGGUCCUUGAGUCUCCGUGAAGCUGAAAAUGAUGGUGUCUGUGAGUAUGUUUUGCAAAUUCAAAAUAUAGUUUGGUAAUUUUUUUUCCAGUUGAUUUUUAAAAAAAAAAAAAAGAACUGCUGUACAGAGCUUGUACUUUGUCCAUUUUAUAGAUGGAAACCAUCCUUGAAAUUGUUUAACUUAAAUAAAGAGAAGAUACUUUAUAGAUAA